GAGGACGCGGAGCUGCUGGAGCUGGAGACGGCGCCCGAGGCCGGGGUGACAGGCGUCACCGUGGCCCGUGACCGUCACGGCCUCUACAUCACCAAGGCACCCAGAUCCCUGCGCAUCCACCCAGGCGACCAGCUCCUCAGCGCCAGGUUUUUCUUCGAGGGGGCCUCGCCUGAGGACGUCGCACGGGUGCUGGAGGGUGCCGGCCCCUGCAAGGUCUCACUCUGCCUCCGGCGUUGGACACCGCGCACCCGCAUCCCCCUCGGCGGCACCGGCACUGGCAGCGAGGGACACCAGGCGAAGGUGGCCAGGCUG